AUGGGGUCAAUCACAGUUGACGUCCACGACUUACAAGAUGAUCACCAAGAAAAACAUAUUGUGAACUUCAUCCGCAAUCAUCCAACAACAAUAGGUCUCCUCAAUGAUCCCGAAUUUGAAGAGGCAGCAUUCGACGACGACACCAUUCCCGAAAGCCUUCGCAACAACAACCUGAUUACAGGUGCCCUCGCUGGCCCCAACAAGCUAGUCAUGGCACCCUUUACAUUAAGAAACGACUCUGAAAACAGCAUUGUCAUGUUCAUGUACCUGGGUAGCGGUAUCUGCGGACACCCCGGUAUCGUCCACGGCGGAGUCCUCGCAACACUAAUGGAUGAGGGCCUAGCACGAUGCUGUUUCCGCUUGUUGCCAAACAAAGUGGGCGUUACGGCGAAUCUGAACAUUAAUUAUAGAGCGCCGGCUAUGGCCAAUUCGUAUGUUGUACUGAAGGCGAAGACUACGAAGCUUGAGGGGCGGAAGGCUUGGGUUGAGGCGAGGAUCGAGAAAUUGUCUCCAGAUGAGGAUGGGGCGGGAUUGUUGGUGGAGGCAACUGCGCUUUUUAUAGAGCCAAGAUUGGCUGCGACGUUUGAUACUCCUUAUAAAGGGGUUUGA